AUGCCUCCCCGUCCCCGUAUCGUCCGCCGCCGCCCGCUCAUGGAGCGCAUCAAGGCGUUCUUGGACCCGUGGGAUUACCUCCUCUGGUUGUCUGAAGAGAUCGAGACGAGGAACUUCGGCUCCAAAUCUCUGGGGACCCAGCUCGGCCUAGCGCUUAACUUCGUCUUCAUACUUGCGCGUGUAUAUGGGUCGUCUUCGGCAGGCGGCGACAGCGACGACAUUUUCAGCGAUUCGGACUCUCCUGCCUCGACAGGGUGGCUUGCCUAUUUCGCAUAUUCUUUGAUGUGGGACCUCGUUGCUUUCUCAGCAUGGAACCUCUUCUUCACGUUCUGGCGAUCCCGCGCAUACCGAUUCUUCGAGGCCGACGUCGAACAGCCACUUAAUACACCUUCUGCGCAUCGUGUGCGAGUGCAGUCCUCGCCAGCGACUUCAUCCCCUUUGCGAAUUCUCAGCGACCUUACCGGCGAAAGCGCCGACUCUCGUGCCCACCCGGACAGGACCCGAGAUGUGUGGGAGCUGCGAAUGUGGGAUCCAGUGCCAGCGUCUUUGCAGCUGGUGUGCCUAUUCAGCCCCUUACAUGUGCUCAUAUACAUGAUGGCCCUCCCAUUGACACCCCUCGAUCCACAACCCAGUGUGACAGUCUUCAAGUGCAUCGUUGAGCAGGCCGCAAUCUCUGGCCUCUUACUAGCCAUGGAGUCUGCUUUCAGUCGACAGAAGAAAGACUCAGAGCUUGUCAAAGGGCAGGUUAUGAAAGAGUACGACAACAAAUAUGUUCACCCGCGUCUUAACCCCCCAGUGGUCCGAGACGUGGGCACCCAGUGCGGAGAGGAUGAGGAAGGGAAUGAGUGGGAAGAUAUCCAGACAGGGACGCCGACAACCCUGAUUCGACGCCGCUUUCAGACUCAUCCGAACCAAAACUAUGCCAAACAUUUUGAUCCGGACGGCUCAGGCUAUGCACCUCCCAGCGGCUCACCGAGCCCUGCAUUGUUUACCCCGCUCAACAACAGGCCUAAACAACCUGAUCUGUUCCAGUCCACACUCAAGACGCGCCCAUCGCCGCUACGCCAAGGCAUGGCAGCUUCCAGGACGCCAAGACUAUCACCGGAGAAGUCUACGAUGACAAACACGGGGACUAGCACAGGGACGCCGUACGGAGGAACGCCUCACGGAGGGACGCCCUACGGAGGCAGUCUGGGUGUAUACAGUCACGCAGAGUCACCUCUGAAGAAAGCAGCUAGUAUCGCCGAUAUUAGAGGAGGCGGCGGCGGCAAUCCAUUUUCACCCAAAAACUCCCGGGAGCUGGCUGCCAUGGAGCAGAAGGACCAGGCCGAGAGGAUGAUCCGAAGGAAUAGCCCGGUCAAGGAGCGCCGCCCUAGUGGUUUGGCCUCAAGCAUGCAGCUUGACGGUCAGGUGGGCGAGGAACCUGAGUCCAGCCCGAACCCUUUUUCCAGGAUGGGACAACACCGCGGGCGCUUCGAGAGGUUCCCUUCUAGAUGGUAG